AUGUCCUCCCAAUCUUUCCGCCAGAUCAUCGGCCUGGCGCCCUCAACCGCCACAAUCACCGACUCCACGCUUAUCAUCGUCGACGCACAGAACGAGUACGCCCAGGGUCUUCUCAGAGUCCAAGAGGUCGACCAGAGCCGAAAAGUAAUUGCCGAUCUUCUCUCCCGGUACCGAUACAUGGCGCAUGUCUGUGUGUCGACUACGGCUAGGACGGGCGCGGAGUUGGGAUACGAUGUGCUUGUUGUAAGGGACGGGGUUAGCGAUAGGGCUAUUCCCGGGGUGGAGGCGAAUGUCCUCGUUGAUGUGGCGCUAAAGGAGGUCACAGAUGCGUUUGGGACAGUGAUUGCGUCUGGGGAGAUUAAAGGGGUAAUAUAUCCUGUUAUAUUCCUCUAUCUUUAUAUACAGGAUCUUAUCUAA